AAUGUAUAUACAAUUAUAUGCAAUUCCAGGGUAAAUAAUUUUGGGAAUGUUUGCUUAAUUCACCUAUGAAUUAGGAUUACUCUAUUUCUCAUGCAUUAUGGCAAUUAUAUUCAGUCUAUAUGCAUGUAUGUAUAACAAUAGUAACCAAUUAUUUCCUAAAUGUUUAUGGAUGAUCAUUCCAUUUUAAGUGGUAUUAACUAUUUUGAAGUUUGAUAUGGUGAGUGUUGGAAUCAUCCCUUAUUUGAUCCUUACAGAUUUAAUUGAUAGUGAUAUCAUUAAAAGAUUACCAAAAAAACCAAUCCCUCCUCCAAGAAGAUCAUAUAAUGCGUAGAUUGACAAUCAUCAUAGUAUUCAAAUUCAAAAUGUAAUCAAAUAAAAUGCCUAAAGCCUUAAAAAAUAUGAAUAUUUUCAUAUUGGCUGUAUAACUUUGUGUUAUAUAGCAAUACCAAAAUACAAUUGUACUAGAAUGUUAACUAUCAAAAGACACUACAUAAUUGUUAAAUACAGCAUUCUUAAAAUAUUAUUAUAAAUAAGAAUAUAAUUCAACUUUUUUCAAAAUAGUCAUCUCAUCAAUCAAAUUUAUAUUAUGUUCAAUAACAUUUGA